AUGAUUGAUACAAGAGAACCAAGGGAUAUAUCCCUAAAAUUUACAAGUAGUCAGCCAAUCUUCAAUGAAGAAGGAGAAUGUUUGAUCCCAGCAUUUCAAGUGAUUUUCAUGUCAGUUUUCCCAGGAGAUUUUCAACCAAUAGAACAAGUGCAAGAUUUGUCAAUUUAUAACGACGAAGGAAGAUUAGCUAGCACAUUGGCAAGAGUCUUCGAGAGAGCUCAAAAAAUAAACAAAGAAUCCAGAACAAGAAUAAACUACAAAAGCAGAAACACUCUAAUCGUUUCUAGUAAGAAAAACCAAAUUGAAUCAAGAGAGAUGAGACUCCUAGUGGAUUUUGAAUCAGCAUUUUACAACUUUUCUGGAUUACUGGAAAAACUUCCUGACGGGAUAAGGAGGAAUCUAUGCCAUUUACUAAAAGACAAAGAAGACCACAAAUGCCAGUUGUGCGCCUCAGAAAUGUCUGAAGAAAGCAACAAUGCUGAAGACCCCACCCACGUGGGAAAAGAAGAGGAUGAGACAUCUGAGUCAUCCAUCAACAUUAUUGUUGAAUAA